AUGGACAGGCGCUUCCCAAGUCCACCCAGACUGAACCACCAGUAUCCAUCACGCCUACCAAACCCACCCAGACUGAACCACCAGUAUCCACCACGCCUACCAAACCCACCCAGACUGAACCACCAGUAUCCACCACGCCUACCAAACCCACCCAGACUGAACCACCAGUAUCCACCACGCCUACCAGACCCACCCAGACUGAACCACCAGUAUCCACCACGCCUACCAAACCCACCUAGACUGAACCACCAGUAUCCACCACGCCUACCAAACCCACCCAGACUGAACCACCAGUAUCCACCACGCCUACCAAACCCACCCAGACUGAACCACCAGUAUCCACCACGCCUACCAAACCCACCCAGACUGAACCACCAGUAUCCACCACGCCUACCAAACCCACCCAGACUGAACCACCAGUAUCCACCACGCCUACCAAACCCACCCAGACUGAACCACCAGUAUCCACCACGCCUACCAGACCCACCCAGACUGAACCACCAGUAUCCACCACGCCUACCAAACCCACCUAGACUGAACCACCAGUAUCCACCACGCCUACCAAACCCACCCAGACUGAACCACCAGUAUCCACCACGCCUACCAAACCCACCCAGACUGAACCACCAGUAUCCACCACGCCUACCAAACCCACCCAGACUGAACCACCAGUAUCCACCACGCCUACCAAACCCACCCAGACUGAACCACCAGUAUCCACCACGCCUACCAAACCCACCCAGACUGAACCACCAGUAUCCACCACGCCUACCAAACCCACCCAGACUGAACCACCAGUAUCCACCACACCUACCAAACCCACCCAGACUGAACCACCAGUAUCCACCACGCCUACCAAACCCACCUAGACUGAACCACCAGUAUCCACCACGCCUACCAAACCCACCCAGACUGAACCACCAGUAUCCACCACGCCUACCAAACCCACCCAGACUGAACCACCAGUAUCCACCACGCCUACCAAACCCACCCAGACUGAACCACCAGUAUCCACCACGCCUACCAAACCCACCCAGACUGAACCACCAGUAUCCACCACGCCUACCAAACCCACCCAGACUGAACCACCAGUAUCCACCACGCCUACCAAACCCACCCAGACUGAACCACCAGUAUCCACCACGCCUACCAAACCCACCCAGACUGAACCACCAGUAUCCACCACGCCUACCAAACCCACCCAGACUGAACCACCAGUAUCCACCACGCCUACCAAACCCACCCAGACUGAACCACCAGUAUCCACCACGCCUACCAAACCCACCCAGACUGAACCACCAAUAUCCACCACGCCUACCAGACCCACCCAGACUGAACCACCAGUAUCCACCACGCCUACCAAACCCACCCAGACUGAACCACCAGUAUCCACCACGCCUACCAAACCCACCCAGACUGAACCACCAGUAUCCACCACGCCUACCAAACCCACCCAGACUGAACCACCAGUAUCCACCACGCCUACCAAACCCACCCAGACUGAACCACCAGUAUCCACCACGCCUACCAAACCCACCUAGACUGAACCACCAGUAUCCACCACGCCUACCAAACCCACCCAGACUGAACCACCAGUAUCCACCACGCCUACCAAACCCACCCAGACUGAACCACCAGUAUCCACCACACCUACCAAACCCACACAGACUGAACCACCAGUAUCCACCACGCCUACCAAACCCACCCAGACUGAACCACCAGUAUCCACCACGCCUACCAAACCCACCUAGACUGAACCACCAGUAUCCACCACGCCUACCAAACCCACCCAGACUGAACCACCAGUAUCCACCACGCCUACCAAACCCACCCAGACUGAACCACCAGUAUCCACCACGCCUACCAAACCCACCCAGACUGAACCACCAGUAUCCACCACGCCUACCAAACCCACCCAGACUGAACCACCAGUAUCCACCACGCCUACCAAACCCACCCAGACUGAACCACCAGUAUCCACUACGCCUACCAGACCCACCCAGACUGAACCACCAGUAUCCACCACGCCUACCAAACCCACCCAGACUGAACCACAACCAUGGGAGUCUCCAUGCCAAGUGUAGAGCCACGGUGGCGCCAUGA